AGUAGCAAUGUGAAAAGGGAAAUAGGAAAAAAGGGAAAUUUUCAGAUUACUAAAAUCGACCAAAACAAAACUUUGUGCGUUUUCGUUCUAUUCGUUCAUAUUCCUCAGUGCAACACAUCCAACAGCAAGACGCAAACUAGUAACAGAGAGAAAGCAUUUCAAAGAAGAAACAAAACGAUGUCGUUUAUGCGAGGGGAUUUUCUUUCUCGAACGAGGAAGCUCGUGAAGGGUUUGGCCAAGGCGCAACCCGCGUGGCUCAAAGCCAUGGAACAGGCACCACCUGCAACGUUUCCUCGGUCUGCCGGGAAAAUUCCGACCAUUACUCUUCCCGAGGAUGUUUAUGUGAAGAAGUUUUAUAAGAAAUAUCCGGAAUCCAAAUCCCAUGACGCCAUAAAGUUUCAUGCUUUUGAUCCCCCUCCGUCUCGUGUAUUUGCCUUGAGGGUUCUUGAAUUGAAGGAGCAGGGCAUUAGUGAGGAGCAAGCUAUGGCUAUAGCUGAUAUGGAAUAUCUGACAGAGAAGAAGACAAAGAAGAAAGCAUAUACCCGUUUGAAGGAAAUUGCACGUCUUCAAGGGAAGAGACUUCCUCAAAAUCCAUAUCCUAGUGCCAUCAAGGAGAUACAAGCUGAGGAGAGGAAAUAUGUUCGUGAUCGUUUCUUCAAUCCCAAGAUGCUUGAAAUUGUGGAGAAACAGAAAGCCGAGGCAGCAGCGGAGAGAUUGAGUCGAGGUGGUGAUUGGUGACUUUUACGGGGGCUAAGUUACAAUACAUUGAGUGUUUAGCUCUUGAAAAAUUGGCUCUGACAAUAAUAUUUACCAUUCAGCCACUGAAAAGUGCGUUCUUCUUCCCUGAUAUUAGGUGAAAUAUUUAUUUGUUGUAUUAGAUGGCUGCAAUAAAAAAAUUUACCAAAAUUUCAUGCGCGGAUCAUUUCUUCCAGGCUACCCAAGUUUUGUUAGUAGCUAACACAUGCCUUGAGGAGAUCUUGUGUUAAGCUCUCUCUUUUGUUGUCAAUUUGAUCAUUAACCAGUUUUUCAUGGAGUUUCUUUGCA